AUGUCGCAGCAGGUAUCGAGAAUGCCAACAUCCUCCGCGCCCUCCUUGAGGUCAUUGAUGACGAGCAACUCAUCGCCCAGCCGAACCAAAGUGGGGACACAGCCCUCCACGUCGCGGCAAGAGCUCGCAGGAGGCACACGGCCGAGUGCCUCCUCCAAGUUCGACAGAAUUGUGGACCAAUCGAACUGGGAGGGGAACACGGCUUUGCAUGAGGCUGUGAAGAACGGUGACUAUGAAUUGACCGAUCUACUCCUGCGCCAAGGCUCAUUAUCGGUAAAUAAGAUGAACAAGGAGGAAAAGUGCCCACUGUACUUGGCGGUUGAGACGGGGAACUUGGAGAUUCUCUCGCGUUUACUAGAAGCGGUGGAUGAAAAUGAAGACCUUUCGUCCCAGAUUGAAGGCAUAUCGCCGGCUCACGGAGCCGUGGUGCAUCGAAGGAUAGAUAUGCUGAUAGAGAUGUCAGAGCGGAGAAAAGGGUUAUUUAAUCUAAGACUUUUUGGUGCUCCCCUCCAUCUAGCAGCAUCCGAGAAUUACGUCGAUGGAGUUGAGCUCUUGGUUGACAAGUUCAAUAUGAGUUCCUUUGAGCCCAAUGAACAAGGCUAUCUUCCGAUCCACGUCGCAUGUAAGAUGGGUCAUCUCGAAACAAUUAAGGUGCUGCGUCAACAUUGGCAAGAUUGGUUAGAACCAAACGAGUUGCUUAUUUACGACGAAGAGCAAAAUAUACUUCAUGUUGCUGCAAAGUAUGGAAGGGCUUCCGUAGUGAAGUACAUUCUUGGCGAUCCCAAGCUUGAGAAGCUUAUAAAUGCAAAAGACAAGUAUGGAAAUACACCUCUUCAUGUAGCCACAGAGCAAUGGCAACCCAAUGUUAUGCUCUCUCUCACUCGGGACAACAGAGUCAAUCUUGGGCUUGUAAACCACAACAACUCCACGGCUCUUGACAUUGUAGAUAAGCAAUUGCAACAAAUCGAAGGUCCAUUUCACCAGAGAAGAAGUGACUCGUGGAUGGAGCCUCCGGACAUACAUAAACUAAAUAGGCAUGCCGAAGUCCGCAUGGUUGUAGCAACCCUCAUUGCUGGUGUGACAUUCGCCGCUGGCUUUUCUGUUCCCGGAGGAUAUAAUAGCUCUGGACCAGAGGCUGGAAUCGCUACACUAUUGAACAAGCCCGUGUACGACGUCUUCAUGAUCUGCAACUCCAUUGCCAUGUACAACUCCAUAAUUACAGUCGUGUUCCUUCUUUGGACACAAAUCAAUGAUUCACAUGCGGUGUUUCGUGCCCUUGGAAUGACAAGGCUACCGCUGCUAAUAGCUCUUGCCACAAUGUCCAUGGCUUUCCUGGCGGGGAUUUAUGUGACCACAAGCAAACACACUUGGGUCGUGAUCGUCACAUUGGUCGUCGGAAUCACUGCCCUUUUCGUUAUAUUGAUUCUUUACAUUGCCUUAUAUGUUCCGCUUGGGUACAACUAUCGUCUUGUACAGUUCUUCGCCGACUACAUCAUUAGAGCUGCUAUAUUAAUUUCAAGGAGAGUGAGUGUGAUCGAAGAAGCUUCUGAGGGUUGUAGCUGCGGACCAGCAGUGGCUUAUGGUCGCCCGCCUAGCUGGAGAGGGAGUGUGACCAUAGGAACUUCUUGGUGUCCCCCUGGACCCAACGCAAUAAUGCUACCACCCCUCUAG